GCACUGGAUUACAUUCAGAUUGGAUUUGACAGAAGUGAGCGUUAGCUGGGCUUUGCAGUAUUUUCUGUUUCUCUUGCUGUUUUUUUAUCUGAAUUAAUUUCGGGUGUCUUUUAUGAAUAAUCAAAAGCAGCAAAAGCCAACGCUAACAGGCCAGCGUUUUAAAACUAGGAAAAGAGAUGAAAAGGAGAGGUUUGACCCUACUCAGUUUCAGGAAAGUAUUGUUCAAGGUCUGAAUCAAACUGGCACCGACUUAGAAGCAGUAGCUAAAUUUCUUGAUGCCUCUGGCGGAAAACUUGACUAUCGUCGCUAUGCAGAGACCCUGUUUGACAUCCUGGUGGCUGGUGGAAUGCUGGCCCCAGGUGGUACUUUGUCCGAUGACCUGACUCGUACAGAGUUCUGUGUUUUCACAGCACAAGAAGAUCUCGAGACCAUGCAAGCAUAUGCUCAGGUUUUUAAUAAGCUGAUCAGGCGUUACAAGUACCUGGAGAAAGGGUUUGAAGAGGAAAUCAAGAAGUUGCUGCUGUUUUUAAAAGGUUUCACAGAAUCUGAGCGCAACAAGCUGGCGAUGCUGACUGGCAUUCUACUGGGGAAUGGGACCUUGUCUGCCUCAAUUUUGAUCAGUCUCUACAAUGAGAACCUUGUCAAGGAAGGUGUUUCUGCAGCAUUUGCUGUGAAACUGUUCAAAGCCUGGAUUAAUGAGAAGGACAUUGGUUCCGUGGCUAGCAGUCUGAGGAAGGUUGGCAUGGACAACCGACUAAUGGAACUGUUUCCUGCCAAUAAGAGGAGCUGUGAACACUUCUCUAAAUAUUUCACUGAUGCAGGACUAAAGGAGCUGUCUGACUUUGCCCGGAACCAGCAGUCGAUCGGCGCUCGCAAGGAGCUGCAGAAAGAGCUUCAGGAACAGAUGUCGCGUGGAGAGCCGUUCAAAGAUAUUGUCUUGUAUGUCAAAGAGGAGAUGAAGAAAACCAACAUCUCAGAGCAGACCAUGAUUGGUAUUGUGUGGACAAGCGUGAUGAGCGCUGUGGAGUGGAAUAAAAAGGAAGAGCUGGUAACUGAACAAGCCAUGAAACACUUGAAGCAAUACAGCCCUCUCCUCAAAGCCUUCUCUUCCCAAGGCCUCUCUGAGCUCACUCUGCUAGUCAAGAUUCAAGACUACUGUUAUGACAACAUUCAUUUCAUGAAGACCUUUCAGAAAAUUGUGGUGCUUCUUUACAAAGCUGAUGUAUUGAGUGAAGAAGCUAUUCUGAAAUGGUACACGGAUGCCCACGUUGCUAAAGGAAAAAGUGUUUUCCUAGAACAAAUGAAGAAAUUUGUUGAGUGGCUCAAAAAUGCAGAAGAAGAAUCGGACGAGUCGGAUACUGAAGAAGGAGAUUAAACCCUGAAACAAAGGUUUUGUGUUAAAGUAGCAACAGGAGCUGUAGAAUGUUUUGUUACAGGAGUCUUUCUAUAUAUUUCUUUCUAUUCUACCUCCUGUAUUUCUGACUAAUGUUUAGAUGUAAUUAAGGGCUUUAACAAGUUCAUUAACUCCUUUUUCUAUAUAUCAAAAAGUUUACACUUCAUAUAGCAUCUUGUGAAUGCCCCCCUGUUACUGUAAAAUUCAUUAAUGGUUUAUUGACCAAUUUAGGAUCAUGCAGAUUACUCAAAGUUCCUCCUGAAGUCAUAAAUUUAUUUUAUAUUUGCCACCUCGCUUAAGUUACUGUUAUGAUUCCAGGUUUCAUAUGAACUGUAAAACGGAGUAUGCAGUUUAUAAUGGCAUAUGUAAUUCUUGCCUUUUCCUGGUGUUGUGAAAAGGCAUUUAAAUUGGACAACAUACUGCCUUAUUUUUCAUGAAGUUUUAUUAAGUCCUGAAAUGUUGCAGACAAAUUUGUUGUCAGUGUUUGGUUUUGGCCAAUUUUUAGUUUGGGCUUUUGGUUUAGAUCCAAUACUGAAAGAAAAUAAAUUGAAUGGACUUCGUUAAUGUGCCACUGCUGUGCUUAAGCAAAAUGUCUGGUGUAAAGUAGUGCUGGGUUUUUUUUUGUUUGUGGGUUUUUUUUUUUUUUUUUUUUUUUUUUUUGCUCCCAUUUAAUAAAGAUGAUUUUAAAGGACUUGAGUCUUGUGUAAAGCUGCAAUGUCAGUCCAUGCCAGAUGCAACUUGGAAACUAUCCAAAGACUGGAAAUAUGUCCCCACCCAUGCAUUCCUAUUGCCCAUACUAGAGAUGGACUGUCCCAUUACAAAACGGGUCUUGUUUUGAUCAAUGGUUACCACCCUGACCUUCAUCAACUCUCUUGUAAGAUAGGUUGGACUUGUAAAAUCUAUAGAUCAGAGUUAUUGAACAUCCAUUUAUAUCCAGAAGUUUUAUUGUUAGUAGUAAUUAAACUGAUUUUUUUCAACAAUUAGUGUUCUUAUAUAUAAAAUUAUGUACACCCACAACUUGCUGCAAUCUCAGUUGUGUUUCUUUACAAAUGCCUUCAUUGAUACUUUUUAUUAACUUCAAGUGUUUUAAAGUGCAAUAUUAUCUGCGUUAUAAUGCGCAAGUCACCACUGCCUUGUAUUACUACCGGUGCGGUUCUGCAAAUCUAUUUUUCUACAUUAUUGUAAACGCUAUUGAAGACUGACUGGUCAGAUUAUGGGUGAGUGUUAAAGCCAUCUCUGACUUUAAUUUGCUUAGAAAUAAUUUAUAUGCAGAACAAGUUCUUGUGCCAUGGCAAGAUUGUAGACUUAUUUGGUUUUUCCUUUUAAACAGUCCGGUGAACAGAUAUGGGUCAGUCUUCAAAACUAUGAGCUUAGUAAUGUUUGGAUGUGUCACAUAGAAUACAAAUGUGUUGCUAGCUUUGUUUUACAAUGUAUAGACUGAUAGGACCUCUAAUACUUGUUUGGUGAAUCUCUUCAUGCAUAUGUUCACAUUAUGCUUAUGUAAAGACAUUCUUGUCACAGAAUAAUUGUGGACAAAAUGUUAUUCAUCAUAAAAGCAAACAAACCAAGCCAGCGCACGUGCACAUUUUUCAUUUAAAUGCUGGAUAUAUGGACUGUAUGUAUGGUCCAGUUUAUUUUUGCUUAAUAAACCUAUAUUUAUGUAACUUGCACAAUCAUAAAGAAAAUGUAUCGAUGCUGUUAAGUGUGCCGCCUGCAAGCCACGACUACUGGGACUACAUAAAAUGAUUAACUAGUUGUGAGAUGUGUGUUUGACGUGUUCCAAGGAUGUUAACCUUAUUUCUGAUUUGGUCAAUUUCAUUCCAGUCGUGAAGGAGGGGAAAAAAAAAAAAGAGAGCUAUUUUAGUGAUGCAAAAUUCUAAAAGCGAUAUUGCUCACUGGUGCUGUGGAUGCUCCCAUUUAACUGCAGUGCCUGUGUCUUCCCCCCUCCCCCCCUCCUCUCAUUGGGUCAUUCCCGCUCCAAUGGACCCCCAUAUGGCAUUGACUUAUCAAUCAACACAUUCUGGUGGAAAGCCUGUGCAACAAGCUUUUAUGUAAUGACACAUCCCUUUUACAUUAGCACACAUCUCUCAUGUGAUCUGUCCUACUUGGUCUGCUUAACCCGAGUUGAAUGACCUUGUAUCCACAUUCAGUAAAAUAUUGCAGACAAGAUUAUUUGUAAAAUUAAUUUGAUUGGGUAAUCAAAUUAUUUGGAAUCAAGAAACCUCCAAAUGCAUUAAAUUCUGGCUAUUUUAUUUUAUAGAACAACCAUUAUGAAUACUUGAGCUAAAGGACUUGAUUGUUUGAAUAAAAAGUGUUGAUGAAA